AUGGCACAAGAAACUGAUCCACAAUGUACUGCACUCGACCUAGGUGAGGAUCUUCCUGAUUUGAUUGUGCGUGCACAGAGCACCAUCCAGACCCCACCAAAGGAUACAAGAGUCAUCCUUACCUUGAAUGGUAAGAAGCUGUGGCAAUGCACUAGGAAUGUUACGAUUCCCGAGGUUAGAGCAGCAAUGGGGUUCAUUGACCCCGCAGAUGAAGCAGAGACCAAUGACGUCACUAGUGCUGAUGUGGAUGACGUCACAGUUGAGCCAAUGGAUCCACUGGAGAUUCCCAUGGUAUGGCGCUUUGAGCCUGGUCAACUCACCACCCAGAUCACCCAAGAUAAGAUUCGAAUCUUGACUUACAACAUCGAGGAUUUGAUUGAGACCCUUGGUAUGCAACCCUACGCCUGCCAUACAUCUAUCCUGACUAUGAUACUUGAUAAGCUCUCAAAGGCUCACCGUGUUGCCGGAUGUCUUCAAACAACAUUAGACACAGAGAGACAACAGGCCAGGGAAUCACAGGAUGCACUGCAGAAACAAAUAGAAGUGUUGGACACAACUCUUGAAGAUGAGAGGAAGCUGGCUAUUUCUUCACAUGAUGCACUUCAGAACCGAGUUGAUGAACUGAUUCGAAACUUGGAGGUUGAGAAGAAUGCAUGCAAACACGCAAAAGAUGAGCUUCAGCGACAUCUAUCAAAGCCAGUCCGAACCACAUGCACCCAGACUGAGAGUAAUCCACGAGAAGUCUUCUACGAUGCCAGCUCUGAGGAAUUCUUCUACGAUGCUCUGUCUUCCCUCGAUGAUGAGGUCUACUAUGAUGCCCUGAAUACAUUUUCAGGAGUUAGGCCAAAGGAGAUCUUCUAUGAUGCCCUCUCUACUAACCCGAAGAAGGUGCCUCCUUUGGCCAGUGCCGUUGAAACACGGGUGAUUAAUCAAUGGGUACCAUCCGUGCCUUGGUUAGGACGGAGGCUCGAGCUACUUUUGGAGCAUGUUAUAAAAGAGGCAAAUCGUGACUUGGAUAAGGUCACCACAAAGGCCAAAGGCAAGGCUAAAGCUGGCACUAUCGUGAAAGCCGAGUCAGACCUUCUUCCCUUUCGUGACCCGGAAGGGAAUGAUGAUUGUAUCAAGCUUGGAAGCGGAAUGUCCGGAACAGUCUUCCUUUACCGCCAUGCCAAGACCAAUGAGCCAGUUGCCUUAAAGCUUAUCCAAAUUCCUACCCCAAAGAAGGAUGUUGACGGAGAAGGAAAAUUCGCAAUUGAGAAGAUCAAGAACGAGCUGACAAUCCUCAAGAAGCUUGGAACCAUGGAAUGGUUCCCAGAGUUCUAUGGAUGUUGUAUGAUCCGUCAUAACAUUGUGGGGAUUGCCAUGGAGUUCUGCGGAGAUGUGGAAAAGGCUGAGAGUUAUACCAUCCUGGAUUGCAUCGAAGGCAAUGGACCCAAGCUGGACAGAGACUCAUGGAUGAAUGUCUUCUUGGAUUUAGCAGAUGGUCUCACAGUGAUGCACAAGAAGCGUUACUUGUGUAAUGAUCUCAAGGAGGACAAUGUGCUUGUGGUGAAGUCUGAAGGAGAAUGGCGUGCUAAGAUCAUUGAUUUCGGAUGGGCAAGUGAUAUGAUCUGGCCAUUUGAGAUGCCUUUCUCAGCUGAGCAGAGGCGUGACUACGUGCGUGGGCAGGCAUAUAAUUACAUAGCACCAGAGUGCGCUUUCAGAAAGCGACCUUUCUCCCCAAACACUGACGUCUACUCCUUGGGAAGACUUGCCGCCUUCGUUGGACAGGAGAUUCCCGGUCUGAAAGAACUCGAAAACUAUGGCUUUCACAUCUACUCUUGUCACCCAAAUAAGAGGCCCACACUGCGGGAGUUCAGCAAGCAGAUCACAAUCUUGAGGCAGAUCGGAACUGAUGAUAGCGAUUCUGAUGAAGAUCAUGGUUGAGAGACCUGGGGCCAGCUGAAUGCCCGUGGAUGGCAUGGUUACGAGACAAUGAUCAUGGUUGAGGACUUGGGGCUAUAUAGCUGGAGACCCGUGGAUGCCAAGGUUGUGAGAUAAAGAUCAUGCUUGAGGACUUGGGGCU